UUUUGGUGAAUUCAUUUUUGUGUUGUGUCAAAAAAUUUUUUUUUUCAAAACGACUGAAUGAUGAGAAUGAAGCUAUCAACACCGAUAAUAAAUUUGUCUAAUACGUCUACAGUGACGACAAAUUCAACAAAAUCUGAUUAUCAUCAUGAUGAAACGAAAGUAUCAACAUCACCAAAUUCAAUAAUAAAAAUGGUUACAACAACUACAGCGACAACCGGAACAUCUGAUACAAUAACACCACGUGUAAAAACAUUAAGAAGUUUUUCUUCAUGUCCAUCUACAACAACAGCAGCAGCAGCAGCAGCAGCAUCAACAGAAUUAUCAUCAUCGAAUCCUAUAUUAAAUUCGGCAAUCAAAUCGACAAGUCUUGACCUGGAAAAUUGUCUACAUUCACAGCAACCAAAUGAAUUAAUUAUAAUUGAUCAGAAUCAAACGAUUGCAAUUGAAGUACCACCGAAUACAUUAAAAAUUGAUCUACAUUCAUUUCGUCCAGCAUCUGAAUUACAUCCAGAACCUGGUGAUAUAAUUGAAUUUGAUCGUACAUUAUUCUCACAAUGGGGUAUUUAUGUUGGUGAUGGUGAUGUUGUCGUUAUUGUUGGCAAUGAUGCCAUACAAAUGGUACCAGAUUCAGAAAUUGCUCAUGUUGAACUUGUACCAUUAACCAUUGUUGCUGGUGAUCAUUAUUGUCGUGUUAAUAAUAAAUUACAUCGUGCUAAAGAACGUAAUCUUUUGCCUUUUAAUAAUGAAAUUGUCGUGCGAAAAGCUCUUUCCAAGGUUGGCACAACCGUACCAUAUAAUGCAUUACAAUGUAAUACAGAACAUUAUGUAACCGAAUGGAAAUAUGGACAACGAUGGAGUGAUCAGGCACAAGUAUCAUUGCAUUCAUUCAAAGCAUUACGAUUACAGCAUACAAAUUCAAUAUCUGAAAGUCAUAAUGUAUUUGUUAAUACGCUCAAUGAAGUACUAAAUAGUCCAGCUAUAUCACAUGGUUCAAAUGGUGCCAGUAGUCAAUUGGCAAGUCCAACAUUGUCCACUACAAAUAGUAAACCCAUACAGAUAAAUAGUUAUGAUCGAAAUCGUUCAAUAUCGAUCAGUGAAUCAUUAUCAUCUGGUAGUGGUGGUUGUGGCUGUGGAUCUACUGCAUCUACAUCACCACCAUCAAUAAAUUUGAUGGCCACUAAUCAUUUACCAAUAACAACAACAACAACAACAGCAGCAACAACAACAACGACGACGACAAUGUUAUCCGAAUCAUUCAAUAAUACAGCCGAUAAUUGCCAAACGGAACUUUCAUUCUUUUGAAAUGGAUUAGUAAUAAUGAUAAUUUUGUUUCGAAAUCAAACAAAAUUAACACAUUUGAUUAAUCACACAAUCUGGCUAUAUUUUGUCUGAUAUUUUGCAAGCUCAUUUUUUUCUCUUUCUCUCAAUUUAUUUUUCGAUUAAUGAAUGUAUGAUGAUGAUCAAUUACUACAUUCGUAUCUCAUUACAUAAUUUUUUUUGUUGUUGUCUUCGAAUUUUCGGACACAUGGAUCAUUUUUUUUUUUUUUUGUUAAUCAUAUUUUUAAAAACGACAACGCACACAAUGAAUGUAGAUGGGUGAAAAGAAGAAAAAAGACGUUGAUGACUGAUAAAAAGAGUCUAUCCAUUAUAUAAUAAUGAUGAUUGUUAAAUGAGUAAAUGGCUAAUUUGGCUAUAUAUGUCAUAUAUAUUGUUUUUCGAUUUGUACAAAUCUUUAUUUUUUUUUCUCUGAUUUAAUGAUUAAAUCAUUAUUG